UGAACGAAACUGCAGCACAGUCCGACUCAAAAGCUGUUCCUAUACAAGAGAAAUCUAUUCAGACUUUCGAUAACCAACACAGUGUCUAGCAGCAGUUAACAGCACUUAGCAGCGAUCAGUAUUUCUCUUGUACUCCUGGACAUUACCAUCUGUAAAUGAACCACGAAAUGAUGGCCUCACUGUAUGUGGGUGAUCUGCACCCCAAGGUGACGGAAGCCUUGCUUGCGAGGACGUUCAGCCCUGCAGGCCGCAUUCACUCCAUCCGGAUCUGCAGGGACUAUAAGACCCGCUCCUCACUCGGCUAUGCUUUUGUCAACUUUGAGCAGCGGGCCGACGCUGAGCGAGCAAUGGAAAUGUUUCAUUUUGAGCUCCUUAUGGGACGGCCUAUGCGCGUCCAGUGGUCUCAGAGGGAUUCAUCCCUGAGGAACUCCACCGUUGGAAACCUGUUCAUCAAGAACCUGGACAAGUCGAUUGACACCUUGGCCCUUUUUGACACCUUCUCGGCCUUUGGGAAGGUCCUGUCUUGCAAGGUUGUAGGUUAUAAGAACGGGUCGAAAGGGUACGGCUACGUCCAUUUUGAGUCUGCAGAGGCAGCGGAUUUUGCGAUGAACAGGCUCAACGGCAAACUGUUGAACGAACGUAAAGUCUUCAUUGAGCACUUUAAGUCCCGUGAGGAGCGCAAGGCUCAGGCGGGCCGCUGGGGCAGGAUGCCGGUGUACGUGGGUGUGGCCCAGCAGAAAGAUGAAUGUCAGGCUUACCCUGCCCAUCAGAACAGGCAGAGGAUGGCAAGCAUGGAGGCUCAGAACCUGGCUGUGUCUUACACCCCUAGCCAGAAGAUCGAGCCCCGCCCGGAUCUGCUCUGGACUGCCCAGACCAUCCAGUCACAAUAUGUCCAGAAUAUACCCGAUGUGGUUCAACCUGCACCGGUGCAUCAGCAGACUGGUGGCACCAUCACAUCAAGUAGUCAGGCACCAUGUUUGAAUGAAGAAUGUAUAACCAUCAUUACACCAACACCUGAUUUUACUGCCCCAGCUGCAGACACUCUUCCGUCUCUGGAAAGUGUCCCCAUUGUAGAGAAAGUUCCACCUGUAGAUAGCGUACCAGCUGUAGACACUCUUCUGUCUCUGGAAAGUGUCCCAGCUGUAGAGACAGUUCCACCUGUAGAUAGUGUCCCAGCUGUAGACACUCUUCCAGCUGCAGACACUCUUCAGUCUCUGGAAAGUGUCCCGGUUGUAGAGACAGUUCCACCCAUAGAUAGUGUCCCAGCUGUAGACACUCUUCCAGCUGCAGACACUGUUCCAGCUGCAGACACUCUUCCGUCUCUGGAAAGGGUCCCCGUUGUAGAAACAGUUCCACCCAUAGAUAGUGUCCCAGUUGUAGACAUUCUUCCAGCUGCAGACACUCUUCCAGCUGCAGACACUCUUCCGUCUCUGGAAAGUGUCCCAGUUGUAGAGACAGUUCCACCUGUAGAUAGUGUCCCAGCCGUAGACACUCUUCCAGCUGCAGACACUCUUCCGUCUCUGGAAAGGGUCCCCGUUGUAGAGACAGUUCCACCCAUAGAUAGUGUCCCAGCUGUAGACAUUCUUCCAGCUGCAGACACUCUUCCGUCUCUGGAAAGUGUCCCAGUUGUAGAGACAGUUCCACCUGUAGAUAGUGUCCCAGCUGUAGACACUCUUCCAGCUGCAGACACUCUUCCGUCUCUGGAAAGUGUCCCAGUUGUAGAGACAGUUCCACCUGUAGAUAGUGUCCCAGCUGUAGACACUCUUCCAGCUGCAGACACUCUUCCGUCUCUGGAAAGUGUCCCAGUUGUAGAGACAGUUCCACCUGUAGAUAGUGUCCCAGCUGUAGACACUCUUCCAGCUGCAGACACUCUUCCGUCUCUGGAAAGGGUCCCCGUUGUAGAGACAGUUCCACCUGUAGAUAGUGUCCCAGCUGUAGACACUCUUCCAGCUGCAGACACUCUUCCGUCUCUGGAAAGGGUCCCCGUUGUAGAGACAGUUCCACCCAUAGAUAGUGUCCCAGCUGUAGACACUCUUCCAGCUGUAGACACUCUUCCAGCUGCAGACACUCUUCCAUCUCUGGAAAGUGUCCCCGUUGUAGAGACAGUUCCACCCAUAGAUAGUGUCCCAGCUGUAGACACUCUUCCAGCUGUAGACACUCUUCCAGCUGCAGACACUCUCCCGUCUCUGGAAAGUGUCCCCGUUGUAGAGACAAUUCCACCUGUAGAUAGUGUCCCAGCUGUAGACACUAUUCCAGCUAAAUGAAUUAGCUCCAGAGUGUUAAAAUCUUAAGCAUUAACUGAGACGAAUUAACAUCACAGAGUCACAGAGAACUCACAGAGAUUAUUUUGUAAAUGGCUGAGUUACAUAAAGAACAGAGAUUUGACCUGAUUGCUGAGACUUCGUCAGAAAAGGGGGAAUAUUCUUCGAAUAGUGUCUUGUCAAAUCUGAAAAUAAGUUCUCUAAUAGACCAUGAACACCCUAGCUAUCUCAGAAAUCUGAAAUUAUCUUAAAUCUGAAUGUACAUAACAUUAGAUCAGGAAUGUAUAUAACAUUAGAACUUUUUGUAGUCAUGUAUAUUUUAGAGUAAAAAUUGGUGUAAAAUCUAUAGAAAUAAGGUUAUUUUUGGUCAAGGUAUACCUGUCUAUAUAAUUUGUGUUAGAGACUGAUAUGACUUACUUAAAUUAUAUCAAAAUAAAGAAAUUAAAGUCCACUUUGUCCCCAUCCUUCCAACACCAACAAAAGGGGAAAAUGGCUGUAUUAUGUAGCCAAACUGCGUUUGGGAUUUUAUUUAGAGAGAAAGUGAGUGAGUGAGACAGAAAUUGAGUGAGUGAGCGAGUGAGACAGCAAUCAACAUUACAUUACUGCACAUAAUGUAAUGUCUUUGUUAAUUACAUUAACUACACUUACAUGGGCAGUUAUAAUCGAGCUACUGUGUAGUCGAGCUACAGUCUUAUUUGUCUGUCCGAGUAUACAUGACACAAUGUGUAAUCGAAUGAUUGAUACGGUUUGGUGCGAUCCCUUGUGUUGCACAUUACCUCUUGUAAUGAUCUGGGAGUAUUUCCAGUUAAGACCAGGAGUCAGGGGUGCAACUGCACAUUUGCCGAGGGAUAUGCAAGAUCAGAAUUGGUGCCCCCAAAUCCCACCCACAGGAACAUUGAAGGUGAAGUAAAUAUGACAGAAAUAUGUUACAUGUAUCAAAAGUAUAUAAUCCUAUAUUUUUAGCAUACUCUGUUAUUUCCACACAAUUGUAUUAGUGCCUGUAAAUGAAAAGUACUAAAUAUAAUAUUUAAGCAAUAUUACCAGGC